AUGGCUAUUCCGAGGCAGAAAGUGGUUGUUGUAGGUGCUGGUCCGGUGGGAUCGCUGGCGGCGCUGUACGCUGCGUCAAGAGGAGACGAGGUCGAAGUAUAUGAACUUCGUGGAGAUCUCCGGGACCCUACGACCGUGCCAUUGAAUUUCACUAAGUCGAUCAAUCUGGCACUGUCCGAACGUGGCAUUACAUCUAUGCUUCAUUCGGACCGGGCCGAUUUGAUCGACAAUGUACUCCGCGAAGCGAUCCCCAUGCAUGGCCGGAUGAUUCACGGCCGAGACAGCGGGGAUCUGUGGGAGGCUGCACAAGCCUAUGACGUUCACGGCCGGGCCAUCAAUUCUAUCGACCGAUCAACACUUAACAAUGCUCUCCUGGACGAGUUGGAAAAGGCCCCUAAUGUCAAGCUGUUCUUCAACUACAAGCUGACUGGUGCGGACUUCCGCACAAACAAGGCCUGGUUUGAACGUCGAAUUCCCGGCGAGACACCUAUGCCCGACGAUGCGGGUAUCGCUGGUCGUGUGCCGGAGUAUGAGGUGUCCUUUGACUACCUCAUCGGCGCUGACGGAGCACACUCGGCCGCGCGCUUCCAUCUCAUGAAAUUCGCCCGUGUCGAUUACCAACAAGAAUACAUUGACACUCUAUGGUGUGAAUUCCGGAUCCCACCCUCGGAAGAUGGAGAAUUCCGCAUUUCACCGAAUCAUCUUCACAUUUGGCCAGGGCACGAGUUCAUGUUCAUUGCGCUACCAUCGGCAGACAAGUCAUUCACCUGCACAUUAUUCGCACCAUCCGCACACUACACAUACCUGGAGACCCAACCACAGGACCUGCAUGAAUUCUUCGAUUCUCACUUCCCCGGCGUAUCACCAGAACUAAUCACACCGGAAGCCCUAACUGAACAGUUCGCAGCGAACCCCCAUCUACCACUGAUCAGCAUAAAAUGCAAACCGCACCACUUCGGCGCUAGCGUCGCCAUCCUCGGAGAUGCAGCACACGCAGUCCUACCAUUCUACGGCCAAGGAUUAAAUGCCGGUCUGGAAGACGUCCGCGUUCUCUUUGAGGAACUCGACAAACACGGAGUCUACGACCCCAACUCAAGCGUCUACACAAGAGGCCUGAAACGCCAGGCUGCGUUCCAAGCAUAUACAGACCAGCGCUGUGCCGAUACGCACGCCAUAAACGAUCUCUCGAAAGAGAAUUACCUCGAGAUGCGCGCGGGCGUCAAAUCACCACUCUACAAGUUGCGCAAGGCCAUCGAAGAGACGAUAGACCGUCAUUUCCCGUUCCUUGGCUGGAAGACGCAAUAUGCUCGUGUUAGCUUCAGUAACCAGCGGUAUUCGGAAGUUGUCCAGGCCGUUCAGCACCAGAGUGACGUGCUUGGCCUUGGUUUGAGUGGGGCGCUCGUUGCUGGUGCUGGUGCUCUGUCUAUUUUGAUGUGGAAGUACCCCAGGUAUUUCUCGCCCGUGUGGCUGUUCCGAUGCUCGCGGCAUUUGGCCUGUGUUGGGUUGAGGGCUUUCCGCAAUUUUACUCAUAUCUAA